AUGCGAGCAAGAACCUCAUUCUCUUCAUCUUUGCUUCGUUUCCAACACUCCUCUUCAACAACAAGAAACCCUAACGCCGUUAACCGAACCGAACUCUUGAACACCAUCAGAACCCUCUCAAACGUCACCACCGCCGUCACAUUCUUCCACCAAAUGCUCUCAAUUCACCCCUUCCCUCACGUAAAAGACUUCAAUUUCUUAUUCACCUUCGUAACCAAAACCAAACACUACACAACUACCAUUUCCCUUAUCAAACAAGCUCAUUCCUUCGGCGUUAACCCCGACACAUACACACUCAACAUCCUCAUCAAUUGUCUCUGCCAUUUGGGCCACACCUCCUUUGCCUUCUCCGUUUUCGGCCUAAUGCUCAAAACGGGGAUAAACCCUACUGUGGCAACUCUCAACACCAUUGUUAACGGACUUUGUGUAGAAGGAAAAGUAGCACAAGCUUUGGAUUUAACCCGCCACAUGGAAAAUUUAGGUUAUGAUGCUAAUGGUUACACUUUUGGAGCGUUGGUUAACGGUUUUUCUAAAAUCGGAGACAUGGUUAAUGCUGUUGUUUGUCUUAGGAACAUGACUCGGAGAAACUAUGAACCGAAUGUUGUUGUUUAUAAUGCUAUCAUGGAUGGUUUUUGCAAAGGAGGGUUUGUUUUAGAGGCUUUGGAUUUGUUCAAAGAAAUGAAUGACAAAGGUAUAAACCCUAGUUUGGUUACUUAUAAUUGUUUAAUUCAAGGGCUUUGUUGUAAUUGUAAUUGUCAAUGGAAAAAUGUUUCUUUUUUGUUGAGUGAGAUGAUGGAGAAGGGUAUAAUGCCUGAUGUUCAAACUUUUACUAUUUUGGUGGAUGGUUUUUGUAAAGAAGGGUUGAUUUUGGAGGCUAAAAGUGUAAUUUGCUUCAUGGUGCGGAUGGGGGAGGAACCUAAUGUUGUGACUUAUAACUCAUUGAUUGGUGGUUAUUGUUUGAUGAAUCGAAUGGAUGAAGCUAUGAAGGUUUUUGAUUUGAUGGUUUUAAGGAAGUGUUUGCCUAGUGUUGUUAGUUUUAAUUCAUUGAUUCAUGGUUGGUGUAAGGUUAAAGAUGUUGAUAAAGCUAUGUGUUUGUUGAGUGAAAUGGUUAGUGAAGGUUUGUAUCCUGAUGUUGUGACAUGGACAACGCUUGUUGGUGGGUUUUGUGAAGUUGGUAAACCUUUGGCUGCGAAAGAGUUGUUCCUUACGAUGAAGGAAUAUGGUUUGGUUCCUAAUCUCUUGACCUGUGCUGUUGUGUUGGAUGGUUUAAUUAAAUGUUAUUAUCGUUUCGAGGCGAUGUUGUUGUUUAGAGCUAUGGAGGAGAGUGAUUUAGAUCUUGAUAUUGUCAUUUAUAAUGUUAUGGUUGAUGGUUUAUGUAAAGAUGGAAAGUUGAGUGAUGCAAAGAAGGUUCUUGCGCGUCUUUUGGUUAAAGGGUUGAGAUUCGAUUCGUAUACUUAUAAUAUCAUGAUCGGAGGUUUGUGUCGAGAAGGAUUGUUGGAUGAUGCUGAAGACUUGCUUAGGAAAAUGGAAGAGAAUGGAUGUUCGCCUAAUACAUGCUCUUAUAAUGUGUUUGUUCAGGGAUUGCUGCGAAAAAGUGAUUUUUUAAGGUCAAGUAAAUACCUUCAAAUAAUGAAAGGCAAAGGAUUUGCAGUGGAUGCUACUACCACAGAGUUGCUUAUAGGCUUUUAUUCUGCUGAUAAAGAAAGUAAUGCAUUCUAA